AUGGGGUGGUACAACAAGCUCAACAGUGGCCACGACCCGCCGGUCCUUUUGGGUUUCUUGAAAAUUAUUGAAGUUUGGAGUAUACCUCAGAUCUUUAGAUUACAACUUCUCCCACUUUAUAAUAUUAUCUAUUACAGGUUCUGUCAAAUUAUGACGCAACCUAUUUCAAUUUCCCAAGUGAGGGACACUUCAAAGACAAUCCUUGGAAAUGAAGUUGAUGAGCAGACCAACUUGCAGACAUACAUUGUUAUCGUAAAGCAAGCACCGACCACAGCCGAUGCUCAUGGAAAUUCCUCACAAAUAGCAGAUUACCUCCAGAAGUGGCAUAUGUCAUUUUUGCCGACCGGCACAAAUAGCCUUCCCCGACGAGAAAGAAUGGUAUGCUCCUAUCGAAAUGUAAUAUCUGGAUUUGCUGCUAAAUUUACUCCACAGGAAGUGGAAUCCAUGUCAGCAAUGGAUGGGUUUGUGCUAGCCUAUCCCGAGAGAAAACUACCUCUACACACAACCCACACCCCCCAGUUCCUGGGGUUGCACCCUGACAUGGGAUUCUGGAAAGAUUCAAAUUUUGGUAAAGGUAUCAUAAUUGGAGUCAUGGACACCGGAAUACACCCAACCCACGUUUCAUUAAAUGAUGAAGGAGUCCCACCCCCACCAUCUAAAUGGAAAGGGAAGUGCGAGUUUAACCAAACAGUGUGUAAUAACAAGCUUAUUGGGGCGAGAAAUUUCAAAAAUUAUAGCCAAAAUGAUGAGGACAACAUUAGAAGAACUGCUCCAUUUGACGUGGUCGGCCAUGGCACUCAUACAGCAACUACAGCAGCUGGCAAUUUCGUUGCGGGCGCUAAUGUGUUUGGCAAUGCCAAUGGCACAGCUGCUGGCACGGCGCCUUUAGCUCACUUGGCUAUUUACAAGGUAUGCGCCGAAGGGGACUGUGUUGAUAGCGAUGUCCUAGCUGCUUUUGACGCAGCCUUGGAGGAUGGGGUGGACAUAAUUUCGCUGUCCUUUGGCACGGGUUCUGCAGCUUUUUUCAACAACUCAAUCGCACUUGGCACAUUUCGCGCAAUGCAGGAAGGAAUUUUUGUUAGCUGUUCAGCAGGGAACUCUGGUCCAAACAAUGGUACGAUAGGUAACGAAGCCCCUUGGUUCCUCACCGUCGGGGCGAGCACCAUCGACAGAAGCAUAAGAGCAACAGUGCGCCUUGGAAAUGGAGAGGAGCUUGACGGGGAAUCUGCUUUCCAACCCACGGAUUUCCCUUCUACAUUACUACCUUUAGUUUACCCAGGCAUGAACGGUAACCAGUCUUCUGCACUUUGUAGCACAGGAUCAUUGGGAGGAAUCGAAGUGAAAGGAAAGGUGGUAUUGUGUGAGCGAGGCCUGAAUGCCUCAAGAAUCGCCAAAGGGCAGGAAGUGAAAGACGCCGGUGGGGCUGCCAUGGUUUUGGUGAAUCGAGCGGUCCAUGGAUUUAGUACGCUUGCAGAAGUGCAUGUUCUUCCUGCAGCACAUGUUAGCUAUGAUUUGGGGUUGAAAAUCAAAGCCUAUCUAAACUCCACAUCACAACCUACAGCUACGAUCAUGUUUAAGGGAACUACUUUUGGGAUUACUUCAGCUCCAUCAGUUACUUCCUUCUCUUCUAGAGGCCCAAACAAGCCAAGCCCUGGCAUUUUGAAACCUGAUAUUAUUGGGCCUGGGAUUAGCAUUUUAGCUGCAUGGCCAUUUCCUUUGGAGGGCAACACAACUUCGAACUCAACUUUAAACACAACCUCUACUUCAAAUUUAACAUAUAACAUGGUUUCUGGCACAUCAAUGUCAUGCCCCCAUCUUAGUGGCAUUGGAGCUUUGCUCAAAAGUUCCCAUCAAGACUGGUCACCAGCUGCCAUUAAGUCUGCAAUCAUGACUUCUGCGAAUGUAGUAGACCUUGAAGGGAAGUUAAUCACUGAUGAAACGGGUCUCCCAGCUAGCAUCUUCGCCACCGGCGCUGGCCAUGUGAACGCUUUAAAAGCAAACGACCCGGGACUCAUUUACGACAUUGAACCUGACGACUACUUGCCAUAUUUAUGUGGUUUAGGUUAUACUGACAAUGAGGUUUGGGGCAUCACUCGACGUGUUGUGAAUUGUUCACAAGAAACCAGUAUACCUGAGGCGCAACUUAACUAUCCUUCAUUUUCUAUCAUGUUGGGUGAUGCACCAAAAAAUUAUACUAGGACAGUGACAAAUGUUGGCCAAGCUAAUUCCUCUUAUACGCUAGAGGUAACUACACCAGGAGGAGUUGAUGUGAGUGUGAAGCCUGACAAGCUUGAGUUCUCCAUGUUAAACCAGAAGAUAACGUAUGUAGUGACCUUUAGUCGAACCAAUAGUGGCAACCCUAAUGGGGCAUUUGCUCAGGGAUUUUUAACAUGGGUUUCGGGCAAUCUAUCUGUUAAAAGCCCAAUUUCCGUCAAGUUUGAGUGAGUAUGGAUUUAUAUGAUCCGUACAUGCACGUUGCAAUGAAUAAUAUGAAUAUUAAUAAUAAAAGUAUUCAAAUUAAGUUGAAACAAGAAAA